AUGGCUUUAAUUCACUUCAAGCCAGAUGCAAACGGGUGGGAGGCUGUUCAUAAGCUGGAUAAGGAUUUUGAAGAGUUAAAGCGGGGGAGGGAUGGGCAUCGGAGUGAGAAGUCGAAGAAGAGGAAGGAGGUGUUUGCGUGGGCUGCAAGGGAGGAGGAUCUGAAGUCGGAGGUUGAUUCUCAACCGCUGGGGAGAGUGCUGCACCAGAACCACAAGGCGACCAAGAGCCGGCGAGAGGAUCAGAUUCUGUGGCCGCCCGUGGCAAUUGUCAAGAACCUGGAGAGUUUUACGAACUGCCGCAUUAAGCCGUGUAUUUUGGACAGGAGACUUCGGAAGCAAGUGGAAACAGCUCUCAAGGGCUACGGGCCACAGAGAGUGGUUAUAUUUCCCAAGUACUCCAGAUGUAAAAGCACGGCUCUGGUUUACUUCGAGGGCAAUGCACAGGGGUGGGAGGCUGUGAUGAAGCUGGAUGAGGCAUUUGCACAGUUAGAACUGGGGAGGGAGGGGUUUCUGCGUAAGGGAAAGGAGGAAACGGCGAAGUUAUUUGCAUGGGCGGCAAGGGAGGAGGAUCUGCAGGUGGGGAGCGAGGAGAGGUUAAUGGGGAAAGCGCUGAAAUUGACGCACAAGGCGACCAAGAGCCUCAGAGAGGAACGGCAGGAGCGGGAGGAACGAGAGGAGAAGGAGCGGCAGGAACGAGAGGAGAAGGAGCGGCAGGAACGAGAGGAGAAGGAGCGGCAGGAACGAGAGGAGAAGCAGCGGCAGGAACGAGAGGAGAAGGAGCGGCAGGAACGAGAGGAGAAGCAGCGGCAGGAGCGAGAGGAGAAGCAGCGGCAGGAGCGAGAGGAGAAGGAGCGGCAGGAACGAGAGGAGAAGGAGCGGCAGGAACGAGAGGAGAAGGAGCGGCAGGAACGAGAGGAGAAGGAGCGGCAGGAACGAGAGGAGAAGGAGCGGCAGGAACGAGAGGAGAAGCAGCGGCAGGAGCGAGAGGAGAAGCAGCGGCAGGAGCGAGAGGAGAAGCAGCGGCAGGAGCGAGAGGAGAAGCAGCGGCAGGAGCGAGAGGAGAAGCAGCGGCAGGAGCGAGAGGAGAAGCAGCGGCAGGAGCGAGAGGAGAAGCAGCGGCAGGAGCGAGAGGAGAAGCAGCAGCAGGAGCGAGAGGAGAAGCAGCGGCAGGAGCGCCAGGAGAAGUUGAAGGGGGAACUUUUGGAACAGCUAAAGAACGACAUGCUGAAGGAGGAAGGCUUUCUGGACCAGUUUAAAAAAGAGAUGUUGAGACAGCUGAAAAACGAAGUGACAAAGGGGAUCGCAUGCGGGAGGAGAGCAGCGCGAACGAGCAGGAGCGUGAGACGGAGGAGGUCCCUGGGGAAGCAGAUAGCAGAGGAAGCAGAGGAUGCAGAGGUUGCGGAGGCAGUGGAAGCGGAGGAGGCAGUGGAAGCGGAGGAGGCAGUGGAAGCAGAGGAGGCAGUGGAAGCGCAGGAGGCAGUGGAAGCGCAGGAGGCAGUGGAAGCGCAGGAGGCAGUGGAAGCGCAGGAGGCAGUGGAAGCGCAGGAGGCAGAGGGCGCAGAGGGUGCGGAGAUCUUAAGGAAGCAGGGAGCGGGGGAGGCGGAUGUGGAGAGGUCAAGGGAGGCGGACGAGAGGGUGAAGCAGCUGGAGGAGGAAUUGGAGGAGUCUAAGCGGAGGUUGCAGCAGGAGAAGGACUGGAGCUCGUUCCUGUUGUGCGCGAAUGAUCAGCAGCAUGAAACUGUGAUGGAUUUUACGAUGACGUUGAAGGAGAGGUUUAAGGGGGUGUUGGAAGGAGUGCAGGACCUGUGCAUGGAUGUGAGGGCCAAGGAGGAUGACCUGCUGGAUGCGAGAAUGACUGUCCUUCAGUUCCUGAUUAAAAAUCAGAAGGUUCUCAAUACAGUGACCUUGCCAGGGAUAGCCGAGCUCGUAUCCAGGCCUCCUGUGCGCACCGAGACGGUGGGGCUGCUGGAUAGGGCACUCUGGCUCAAGGCUUUCCGGGCGUGCGACAAAUGCAAGGCGUGCCCCCCGUGUCGGGCAAUCAAGUCAUUCAAGGCGUGCAAGGAGUGCAAGGCGUGCAAGGAGUGCAAGGCGUGCGAUGAUUGCAGAUUUUGGAUCCCCGAAAAUAGUUUUUGGUUUCGUAUCAAGUUUUCGGAGUGGGAGCGGAUGCUGGAGCGACCCGAUUGUGCCCUUUUUCGAGUCCAAGAAACUAAUGGAGUCACAAAGCGUGUGUUCAACAGUACAGACGAGCUAGUGGCCAAGGCUAUGAGGGAAAUUGAGGAGGAUUUCGCAUGGGUGGGAGUGGAGGAUUUCAAGCGAGCUGCAGCGGAGAUUGAAGAGUACAAUGCCAGUGGACGGUACCCUGUCACCCUGCUGGUCAGCACCGGAGGGGAUAAGGCAGAGGAGAUGAACGGUGGGGCGGAAGGGGAUGGAGGGGAAGGAAUGGGAGGAGGAGGAGAGGGAGCAGGAGCAGCAGGAGCAGCAGGAGGGGAAGGAGGAGUGGCAGUAGUAGGAGGGGAAGGAGUAGGAACAGCAGUAGUUGGAGGGGAAGGAAGAGGGCAAGGAGUGGGAACAGUAGUAGGAGGAGAAGGAGGAGGAGAAGGAGCAGUGGCAGUAGUAGGAGGGGAAGGAGGAGGAGAAGGAGCAGUGGCAGUAGUAGGAGGGGAAGGAGGAGGAGAAGGAGCAGUGGCAGUAGUAGGAGGGGAAGGAGGAGGAGAAGGAGCAGUGGCAGUAGUAGGAGGGGAAGGAGGAGGAGCAGCAGCGGGGACAGCAGCAGCUACUGCUGCUCAAGAGGGUGGGGAGGAGUUGAGUGGGGUGAAGCAGGAAGCCAAGAUUGGGUCUGCGGUGAGGUAUCUUGUCAAUGUGCUGAAUGUGUUCAUUGCUGCGGCGGCCAAGGCGGAGGCUGUGGAGGGGGGAGAGAAGAGGAAGGCGGCAGAGAGCGCGCAAGGGGCAGGUGCGCAAGGGGCAGGUGCGCAAGGGGCAGGUGCGCAAGGGGCAGGUGCGCAAGGGGCAGGUGCGCAAGGGGCAGGUGCGCAAGGGGCAGGUGCGCAAGGGGCAGGUGCGCAAGGGGCAGGUGCGCAAGGGGCAGGUGCGCAAGGGGCAGGUGCGCAAGGGGCAGGUGCGCAAGGGGCAGGUGCGCAAGGGGCAGGUGCGCAAGGGGCAGGUGUGCAAGGGGCAGGUGCGCAAGGGGCAGGUGCGGGGAAAAGGACAAGGCGAGAGCACUUCUCGUCUGUCUUACAAUCCGCCGCUGCCUUGCUUCGUCUUCCUCCUUCCGCGCUUCCUCGCUUUCGCGCGUGCCCGCUUCCGUCCGUAAAAUACCGUGACUCGGAAUUCUCCAAUACCCUCCAAUAUCCGGGCGUUACCUCGUCAAUGGCGAACCCCUUGUUCACCGGUCAAUGGCCCGUGACUCCCGAAGGCGAAGAGAUUCGCACAAUAUUCGUCACAGGCUUUCCCCCAGACGCCAAGGAGCGCGAGGUGCAGAACAUGCUGCGCUGGUGGCCGGGCUACGAGGCCUGCCAGCUCACUUUUAAGGGCGAUCAGCCGUUAGGGUUUGCCAUCUUCAGCACUCCGGCUAUGGCAUUCGCAGCUAGAGACGCGCUGCAGGGUCUCAUAUUCGACGCGGAUCACAACUCAGUGCUGCGAGUGGAGCUGGCCAAAACCAACCUGCACAGACGGAAAGGUCUACCUGGGGGAGGUGACGGCUACGACCACUCCAAGCGCUCGAGGGUUGAUCCCAUGGCUGCCUUCAUGCCCGGCGCUGCUGCUAUGGGCAGCUUCAUGCCAGCAGCAUAUGACGCCUAUGCGUCCUCCUUCACGCCCCUCCCUGCUGCCGCCCCUGCCCCCGCUGCUGCUCCCAAGACCUACACUCCCCUCCCUGCUCCGCCCCCUGGCAUGCCUGGAAAGAUAUACCGCGACAACCCCCCCUGCAACACUCUCUAUCUCGGCAACCUCGGCCUGGGAGUGAGCGAUGCCGAGCUGUUGCAGAUUUUCAGCGUGCAGCCUGGUUAUGUGCAGCUGAAGCUGCAUCGCCAGGGAAUGAGCACUUGCUGCUUCGUGCAGUUCGUUGACGUUGAGUCAGCAUCAGCAGUGCACACGGCGUUGCAGGGAAUCACUCUCGCCUCCUCGGAUCGAGGCCCUGUGCGCGUGCAAUAUCCUCCCCAACGCCACUCCCUUACUGCCCUUACACCAUCUGCCCUCGUCACACCUCGAUGCUCACACUGCUCUGCUACACACCCUCCUGCACUCCCUGCACCUUGGCACGCUUCUGUGUUCCACCCUCCCAUGUUUUGA